CUCACUGUGUGUUUAGUUCUAAUUAAUGCCUCUUACCCACGUGGACUAGACUUGGCUUCUCAGCUAGCUCUCAUAUUCUGUGUCCUGUCUAUCAGGUAGUGUAGCUAGAAUAAUGAGUGAGUCUUGUGAUGAGGAGAGCUGUGAAGAAGCUGUCAAGACGACUCCUGGUAUCGUGUAUCUAAGCAGAGUCCCUCCCUUCAUGAAACCGCACAAAGUCAGACAUCUCCUCAGUCCGUAUGGCUCUGUGGGUAGAGUGUACCUACAGCCAGAAGAGGAUAUUGUUCGACAGAGGCGUAUAAAGUUCCGAGGUAACAAGAAGGUCAAGUUCACUGAGGGUUGGGUUGAGUUCUUGGACAAGAGGGUAGCAAAGGUCGUUGCCACGACACUCAACUGUACACCAGUGGGCCGUAAGAAGAGGAGUAUUUAUCACGACGAUCUAUGGAACAUCAAAUACUUACCAAAGUUCAGAUGGACCCAUCUUACAGAAAAGAUUGCAUACACACAGGCAGUGAGGGAGCAGAAGAUGCGUACAGAGAUGUCACAAGUGAAGAGGGAAACGAGUGCCUACCUGAGCAGUGUGGACAAGGGUAAGGAGAUAACAGCCAUCACACAGAGGAAGAGUCGCCAGGGAGUACAAACAAUCAGUACUCAACAGAGACACUACAAGCAGAGGGUAGUAAGUGAGGGGGCGGCAGCAUCCGCCAGUGGACUGUGUGACUCUCUCCUGAGCAAGGUGUUUGGACGCUAGCAGCUACAGCAUCAGAACUUAUGCAACUGAUAUAAACUUUGUGUACUGUUUGUCUGUUUUAUUAACAAUCAUGAUAGUAGUAUGUAUAUUGAUGAAAAAAUGAAAUGAACAAAAAUAAUAAUGAGAGGAAUUGGAAA